AUGCAAAAGCAACUCGUCGCGUUGGGUUACCUCUGCAGCUUAGUCCGACGACCGGGAUUCGCCGACCGGGGUAUCCGUCGUCUUUCGACGACCGUCGGCGAAUCUGCUGGCAAUGAGUUACCCGGAGCGAUGAAGAAGAUUCAUGUGCGCAAUCCCAUCGUGGAGAUUGAUGGUGAUGAGAUGACACGUGUAAUGUGGGCGUCGGUGAAAGCGAAGUUGAUUUUGCCAUAUGUCGACAUACCUCUAGAGUACUUUGAUCUCUCACUAACCAACCGGGAUGCGACAGAUGACCAGGUAACUUUUGACGCUGCAGAGGCAAUAAAGAAGUUGGGCAUCGGUGUAAAAUGUGCGACUAUAACUCCUGAUGAAGCUCGUAUGAAGGAGUAUGGUCUUAAGAGAAUGUACCGUUCUCCUAAUGGUACGAUCCGUAACCUUUUAGAUGGCACUGUCUUCCGUUCCCCGAUUUUGACGACAACGGUCCCCGCAUACAUUCCUGGCUGGAGGAAACCCAUAAUAAUCGGUCGUCAUGCAUUUGGUGAUCAGUACAAUGCCACUGAUGUGAGGAUCCCUAGUGCGGGUACGCUAGAGAUGGUGUUCACUCCCGCUGAUGGUGGCGCUCCUCAGUCAUAUAAGAUUACUGACUUCAAGGGCCCCGGAGUUGCUCUUUCGAUGUUUAACGUGGAUGCAUCUAUUACUGGCUUUGCUCGUGCUUGCUUUAAUUAUGCAUUGGAGGCGAAAAUGCCCUUAUACAUGUCAACUAAGAAUACUAUCCUCAGGAAAUAUGAUGGACGUUUCAAAGACAUUUUCCAGUCUAUUUAUGAGUCUGAUUUCAAAACGAAGUUCGAAUCUGCUGGCAUAUUUUAUGAGCACAGGCUUAUUGACGAUAUGGUAGCAUAUGCGUGCAAGUCCUCUGGCGGUUUCGUGUGGGCUUGCAAGAAUUACGAUGGUGACGUUCAAUCUGACAUAGUCUCUCAGGCGUACGGCUCUUUGGCCCUGAUGUCAUCGGUGCUUUACUCUUCUGACGGUAAGGCGUUUGUGUCUGAGGCUGCCCAUGGUACCGUGACUCGUCACUUCCGUGUUCACCAAAGUGGCGGCAUAACUUCUACUAACUCCAUCGCGACGAUCGUAGCUUGGGCUCGUGCACUUGAGAAGCGUGGUAUUAUGGACGGUAACGAUGCGUUGGUCCAGUUCAGUAAGAAGCUGGAGCGCGCUCCUGUCGAUGCGGUGGAUGCUGGGUUUUAUACCAAGGAUCUUGCUAUUGCCAUCAAUGGCACAUCUUCAACUAACUAUCUGGAUACUGAAGCGUUUAUAGACAAGGUCAAAGAGUAUCUCGAGAAGUGA